ACUAGGGAUUGUGUGGAAUCCAAACGCCCCUCUUUUCUUCCGCCUCAUCUUCUCCACCUCCUCCUACGAAUCUUUUCUCUUCUUUCGUUCAUCUUCUCCAUCUCCUCCUCCAUUGGCAUCUCCUCCUCCGUGAGCACAAGUUUUUCUCUUCUCCAACUUCCCUCUGUCGUCGUCAAGCCUUCACGAAUCUUAAGUGUCAGGGUUUGGCCGCAGCUUUGGCCGCAGCUUUGUUUCCAGCCAAAAGGACGAUAAGGAGAAUGAAGUGUCAGGGUUUCCCUGCUUGAGGCCUUGAGCAAGUCAGGAAGGGCAGCAUCCGUCCUCCAAGAAAUGGCAUCUUCUUCAUGCGCCGAUAAUCUUCUACAGGAAACAUACACGGCCGACACAUCAGAAAACAACCUCCAGCCAUUCUAUGUUCUCCACAAAGCUUCGAAGUCUCUAAGUUAUGGGAAAUCAACUCGGAGGAAAAGGAAGACCAAAUCCGCAACUGAUGAAUGUCAAACGGACUCAGAUAUCCGCCUAAAAAUGGAUGCUUUUCGUUAUGUGUGGUCCAAAAUUGAACACACCAUCAAGGAAGUCUUGAGGAGUAUAAAUGCUGAUGCAUUUGAUGAGAUAAGGAAAUGGGUUAUUGAGUCUUUCAAUGCAUUGCAAGGGUUCAAAAUGCCGGAGAUUACCACUAAAGCCAGUCAUUCUUACCCGGUUCUAUAUACUAACAGCGAAGCUGUAUCUCAAAGAAGAUUAUUCACUGGCCUGGUUCUCACCAAAAAUAUGGAAAUUGUUGAUGAUAUAUUGACGUUUGAAGAACUACGUUUACACAUGACACAUCACGGGUGCCAUGUCGCUAAUGUUUCAUCAUUGGACUUCUGUUCUAAAAAUGGCAUUGGUGGGUGUCUAAGAAGUUUGUUGCGACAGUUUCUUUUGGUAGAUGUUGAUGCAGCAGAUAUUUCCCUUUUAGCAUCAUGGUAUGCCAAGGAUGGAAACUGUGAGAAGCCUUUAGUUGUGAUUAUUGAGGAUCUGGAGAGAUGUUGCGGUGCUGUCUUGUCAGAGUUAAUCAUUAUGUUGAGUGAAUGGGCAGUUAAGACCCCAAUCAUCUUAAUAAUGGGUGUUGCAACGAAUAUUGAUGCCCCUAGAAACACACUUUCUUCACAUGCACUUGGGUGUCUAUCUGCAAGUGCAUUUGUGUUGAAAUCUCCACCUGAGAGGCUGGAUUCAGUAAUUGAAGCUGUUUUUAUCAAGCGUUGGGCUGGCUUCAGUGUUGGUCACAUGGUUGCAACUUUCUUAAGGAAUUACUUCCUAAGACAAGAUGGGACACUAACAUCUUUCAUUAGAGCUUUGAAGAUUGCCCUUGUUCAACUAUUAUCCGUGGAGCCUCUCAGUUUUACGUUGAAGAGAUUAGUUGAUGGAGAAGAAGCUAAGGUGUGAAUUUCCUUGCUUUUGCACUGGAUUUGUUUCCUCAAGUAUUCCUUUGACAUGCUGAUAUGGCUGUUUUAUGCAUAACCAAUGCAAUGGUUUUGUCUUUUGAUGCUUUUGUUGCAAUAGAAUCACGGUGAAAUGAUCCCCACUAACUAAAAGGGAUGUUUGAAU